GGCCCUUUCGCCGCGCGGAGUCAGCGCAGCCAGGGAUGAGAAACUUGUCCCGGAUAUUUACCUAACUAUACCUGGCCCUUCCGACGCGCCCCGUCCCGAGGUUUUCACAGCGGACACUUUGAGGAAUAUGAACCGUCUCUGAAGAGGGAACACUGAGAAAACAGUGUGCGAGACCAGCCAAUCUGGAUUCAUAAAUAUCUACCUGGAAGCCAAGACAGGACACAUGUCCCCUCUCAGUGACGAUCUGAGGGCAGGGUGUUUGUCUUGAGAGGGAGGCAGAGUUACCGUGGUAACAGACAUGCCAAAACCGGACCUGCUCUGCCUAGUUCAGCUGCUGGACGGCACAAUCGAGACCUUCAGAGUCAGCAAGCAGGAUGAAGGUGUGGUUCUGUUGGACCAAGUAUGCAACCACCUGGGCCUGCAAGAGAGGCAGCUCUUCAGUUUGCAGAUCAGAGAAUCAAGCACAGCCAUCGCCUCAAUCGCAGCCAACACACACUCUCCGAGAUGGUUGGAGCCUGAGAAACCCUUGAAGAAGCAGAUAAAAGGUCUUGCUUCUCCCUUUUAUCUGAACUUCAGAGUAAGAUUCUUCAUCUCUGAUCCCAACUCUCUGCAGCAUGAACAGACAAGACACCUCUACUUCCUCCAGAUCAGGAGUGACAUUAAAGAAGGGCGGUUGCAGUGUCCUCUGAGUGCAGCUGUAGUGUUGGCCUCUUACGCUGUCCAAUCUGAGAUGGGGGAUCACUGUCCGUCCCGCCUUCCCGGUUACCUCUCAAAGGGCUUCUUCAUUCCUGAACAGGAUGAAGACUUCUUCUCUAAAGUAGAAGACCUGCAUCCUCAACACAAGGGGCUGAAGCAGAGUGAGGCAGAGCUGUGUUUCCUCAACACGGCACGGACGCUGGAGUUGUAUGGAGUGGAGCUGCAUGCUGCCAUGGACUCUAACAACACCCCUCUGAUGGUGGGUCUGACCUCCAGCGGUGUUGCAGUAUUCUGUAAUAUGAUUUGCUCCAGUUUCUUCCCCUGGGGGAAUAUCAUCAAGAUUUCAUUCAAGAGAAAACGCUUCGUUAUACACCUUAAACGCAAACAUGGGGAGACCCAGGAUUGUGAGGUGUCCCUCAUUUUGCCCUGUCCCAAGACCUGUAAGAACCUGUGGAGGUCCUGUGUGGAUCACCACUCCUCCUUCUGCUCCAACCGGACCGCGUGGAGCCCCAAAAACAACAACAACAGCACAGUGCAGUCCUACAGAAAGCUGAUCACACAACACCUAGGCCUCAGCAACAGUAAGACUGAGAGUGGUCCAGUCUGCCACAGAGUGGUGGGAGGGAUGGUGUGGAACCCAGUGAUGCGGAGGUCAAUUUCAUCAGAAUAUCUCGAAACCAAAAGUCUGCCUUCUAGAUCGCCCCCAUCCACCCCAAACUGGAGAAGUCCUCGAAUUCGCCACGGCAUCCGCAAGCCUCGGCCAUCCUCAGUUGAAUUGACCAAUGACUUGAAAGAUAUGUCGGAGGGGGAGGACGUCUUCUACACAUACAGGGCGUCUGUGACCAGCAGCAAGGACAGUGAAGGAGACUUCUCACCACACUACCUUCCUGGCACUAACAAUCAUGGAACAGACGAGGCUGUGUUGCAGACUGACGACAGUAUAGGAGAGGAGGAUGGUGACCACAGCUUAGAAAUUUACAACAAGGGUGCCCCGGGCGACGGUGACUUGAUGCUAAUAUGUAUUAACCCUGAUCACGAGGGCAAGUUUGGCUUCAAUGUAAAAGGUGGGGUGGAUCAGAAGAUGCCAUUAUCCAUAUCCCACGUUAAACCUGACUCUCCGGCAGGUCGAUGUGAGCCCAAACUCCUGGAGGGAGACCUUGUGGUACUCAUCAACGGUCGAGACAUUUCUGAACACACACACGACCAGGUUGUCAUGUUCAUACGCGCCAGCAGAGAGUCGCAUUCCAGAGAGCUGGCCCUGCUUAUCAGACGUAAAGGACCUGGCCGGGUGGCGCCUUCGCUACAGUUGCCUCCUGCUCUCACGCUUAGUGGCGAAUCACAGGGAGACAAGUCGCUGUCCUCUAGCCAGUCGGAGCGGGUCACUACAGUGGAGGAAUCCAUGAAACAGCUAGAGAGAGGCAUACAGUCAGGCACACUGUGUUUCCACUUUGAGAAUUUAUACAGGAGAAAGCCUGGUCUGUCUAUAAGCUGCGCCCGGCUGCCUGAGAACAUGGAUAAGAAUCGUUAUAAGGAUGUUUUACCCUACGAUGCCACCAGAGUGGUGCUGAAGGGCCAGGAGGACUACAUCAAUGCCAGCCACAUCACGAUGGCGCCCCCGGUGUCUGGUGUGUGUUUACGUUAUGUUGCAGCUCAGGGUCCGUUACCACAGACCUGCACUCACUUUUGGCAGACUGUUUGGGAGCAGCAGACACAUACCAUCAUCAUGCUAACAACUCUGACAGAGAGAGGACGGACGAAGUGCCACCAGUACUGGCCACAUCCGCCGGAAGUGAGGGAUUAUGGGCACAUGCGGGUGAAGUGUCACUCAGAGGAGUGCAACCUGGCGUACGUGACGCGACAGUUCACUCUGACACACACACAGCUGGAUGAGGAACGUGCAGUCACACACCUGCAGUAUGUCGCGUGGCCAGACCACGGCGUACCCGAUGACCCUUCAGAUUUCCUGCUGUUCAUCAGCUCAGUGAGGGAGAGGAGGAAAAGUGAAGAACCACUAAUGGUACACUGCAGCGCUGGAAUAGGUAGAACAGGUGUUCUUAUCACCAUGGAAACGGCACUGCGUCUGUUGGACGAGGGUCGGCCAGUGUUUCCGCUGGACAUCGUCAAAACACUGAGAGACCAGCGAGCCAUGAUGGUUCAGACCACGUGUCAGUUCCAGUUUGUGUGUGAGGCUGUUCUCCGAGUCUACAAAGAGAAACAGGACUGACCUACAGUGCCAUAACCCAAGUCAGCACCAGGACCAGAACAGACUCACGCACCGUUUCUGCCUCAUGUCAUUUCCGGUAACCUCCGCAGAGGGACUGCCAAAUAUUAACCUCUGUCAACACCUGUGGGACUCUCGGAAAGACUGGAUAAUGAGAGUAUAACUAGCUUUAGAGCAUAGCAGUCUGUGAUCUGUGUAGCCUAGAUUCAACGUGAGAGUAUGAAUCUCACACCCAGUUGGCCUUUGUUUUAAACGAUGCUUGUAGAGGCUGCAGUCUCCAUAGAGACUGAUGUGAGAUGGAUGUGAGCUGCUAAUUUCUGUCCACGAGGCCACAGGUAUAUAGUCUCUGCGUAACAAGCUAUGUGGGCCAUGCCACUUCCAGAAACAGGGCAGCAGAGGCAGAAGGCCAGGAUUGUUAUAAUCUCCGGUCUAUCUUUGCGUCAAAAGACGACGAGCAAGGCAGGCUUUAUUUUCUCUACAGAUACUUUAAGGUUUGUGGUGGUGCAGCCAGAGAAGCAUCAAAUGCUCUUUCAAACCCUCUUAAAUUAUUAAGACACUAAAUAAACACACUGAUUUAUAA